GGAGUGAGCUGUCGUUCUUUCCAGCUCGCACGUCACAAAGCAGCUCGGAUUGGAACAUGGCAACAGGCGUCUCCUUACUGAUAUUUGUGGCUUGUGUGGUUCAGUGGACCGUGUCUCAGUAUUCACUAUCAAAACCAGUGAUAACACUUGAUCAACGUACUGGGGUUUAUGUAUUAGGAGAGAUGGUCACCAUUACCUGCUCUGUGACUGGAGAAAAUCGGAGUAAAACCUUCUACUUUUACAGAUGGCACCAGGUGUUCUCCCACCCACAGAUCAUCACAAGGAAAAACGUUAUAAUAUUUCAUGCUACCGCUGUAAAAAAUGGAGAUCAAUUCAGUUGCAAAUAUUAUGUUACUGUCAAGGGUAGGAGGGUAGAUUCCCUGGAGAGCCAGCAUGUGAUGGUGACUAUAACAGAGCCGCUAGGAAAACCAGUGAUAACCCUUGAUCAAUCGACAGGGGUUUAUGUGGUAGGAGAGGAGGUCACCCUGAUCUGCACUGUGUGGGGAGAUGAUCGAGAGAAAACCUUCAAUUUUUCCAAAGCCGAUGCAUGGCAGCACCCCCGGCAACUUGAUAUGAAUAGUGGAACAUUCCCGGUUAGAGGCAGAAGUAACGAAGGGCGAUACCAAUGUCAAUACAAAAUUUCCAUCAGAGGUCGGCAUUUAACGUCCCCAAAGAGCGAGGCUUUAACGGUGACUAUCACAGAUCCGUUAACAAUCCCAGUGAUAUCUCUUGAUCAAACCACAGGGGUGUAUGCAGUAGGAGAGACGAUCACCAUGACCUGCACCGUGACUGGAGAUAAUCGCGAGAAAAUGUUUUAUUUUUAUAAAGUAUCUCAACGGCUGGACACGCGUCAAAUCACCUCAAAGGCCAAUAUGUUAACAUUCCCGAAUACAAGUCUAAACCACGGCGGACAAUAUCAAUGUAAAUACAAAAUUACCGUCCAGAGCAGGCAGUUUAGUUCCAAAAAGAGCGAGGCUGCAACCGUGACAAUAGCAGAACUUCCCGAACCAUUCAUUUCCGUGGAUUCUAGUGCUGUUGUUCUGCGUGGAGCUGUCACAUUUAACUGUACAAACCCCGGGGACAUUCCUGCCAUCGCAUUUUACCUACACAGGCAAGGUGAUGCGACUCACUGUGAUGUCAUGUCUGCUGCUGCAGGGGUCAAUUCUGCCACCUUCACCAUCUGGAAAAUCGAUCGUUCUAAAAUAGGAAAUUAUACGUGUCGGUAUGAAGCGCUGAUUACCGGAAGAAAUCUAUCCUCGGCUCUGAGUGACCCUGUACACAUCACUGUGACUGAACAGGAACAUGUUCCCAUGGCUGUUUGUAUCGGUUUUGCUAUGGGAGUCAUUCUCCUCCUUGCUCUGUUGGGUGUCUGCCUCUGGAGAAAAGGGAGGAUGCAAAACAAUAGGGAAACCAGAAAUGUGGUGCCCUCUGGAGACCAAAACAGAGAAGGUAUUACAUACGCUGACAUUAUCCUAAAAACAAAGCCGAAGAGAGAUUGUCAGCAUCUGCGAGACACCAGCCAAGCCCAGAGUGAGGAGAGCACCCUCUAUGCAGAGGUGAAGCUGUAGAACAAUUCCAGGACUCCCAGUCCCUCAGGGAGAAGUCCAGUUCCGAUCAUCCUAAUGACCAUGAGCAUGCCUCCCAUUUCACUAUGAUGCAGGGAAACUAUUUAUUUACGAUAACUUUUCUGAGGGCUGGAAGGUACUUGCGAAGUUCUGCUUCACUCCUGUUGAUGAGGUGACAUCGUGUGCCAGCUGAUCUAAUAUCUUGGAACAUAGGAAAUAGGAGGAGGCCAUUCAGCCCAUCUAGCUUGCUGUUGGUGAAUUACAUCAUGGCUGUUCUGUAUCUAUUCAUUUUAUUGUCUUUUCGCCAUAAUCUUCUUGUGCACUGACAUAACAAGAAAUGAGUUCUCAAUUUCUAAUUAGCACUUGCUGAUAAAAUUCUUUAACUACCUCGCUCUCUUUUGAUAUCUAUGUAUUUUUCUGCCUGGGGUCUCCGACCAGAGCAAACGGUUUGUCCGUCUCUGCUUUAUGACAUUUUUUUAACAUUGCAAAUGCCAGAACCUGAUGACACAUCAAUAAACGAUUCUCCAAAGAAUAUGAUCCGAGUCUAUGCUCAUAAUUUAUUACACUGAGCGUGUUAUCAACUGUGGUACACCCGCUUCAGGAAACAUUCACCAUCCUGAAGCGCCGGGACCAAAACUGAAAAUAGUUACUCCAAGUGGGAUCUUAUUGUGUAUCUGUGUAGCUGAUGCUUAACGUUGUGUUCUCAACAUCUUUGAGAGAAUUUGGACUGUGCCGCUCAUCCCGCACCACUCAGGCAGAAAAUGCGAACUUUCCACCCAU